AAAUUAAUAGGAUCAAAUUGAAUAAGCAAAAAAAAACUAAAUUAUGACUGUUUUUAGACUUUAUUACAAAAAUUGGGUUGAUUGGUUGACUGGUUCAUUUUUGGUUAGUCUUUACCACACGUGACCCCUCCCCACCUAUGACUUACCAACUACCCACCCUCUACAAAAGAGAGCACUUUUUCAAGAGAGAGCCCAUCAUUACGACCCCUGUUCUUCAAUGGCUAAGGUUUUCACUCUUGCUGAGGUUUCAGAGCACAGCAACAGCAAGGAUUGCUGGCUUGUCAUUGGAGGAAAGGUCUAUGACGUGACCAAAUUCUUGGAUGAUCAUCCCGGUGGUGAUGACAUUUUAAUAAACGCGACAGGGAAGGAUGCAACCGAGGAUUUUGAUGAUAUCGGGCACAGCCCAAGCGCUAUGACGAAGAUGGAGGAGUUUCUCAUUGGUGACAUUGAUCCUUCCACAAUCCCCCCCAAGAAGGCGUACGCCCCUCCCAAGCAGCCUCAUUACAAUCAGGACAAGACAUCAGAGUUCGUCGUCAAGAUCCUCCGGUUCUUAGCCCCUUUGGUCAUCUUGGGCUUGGCCGUUGGCCUCCAUUUAUACGCCAAAUCCGAGGCCUAGGUUUCAUGUGGAAUUUUUGUCUCGGAUAAGGUUCUUGAGCUUAGUUUAUGUAAUCUUGAGAGAGGGGUGUUUGCUUUUGUGGUGAUUGAGGGCAAUGUUUGUUCUAUGCCAAAGUUUAUUCUUGAAGGAACUCAAUUCUUGUUUUCUUCAAAACUUACGUGAUACUACUGGAUAUAUAUCAACAAAAACGAUGUCACAUUGUA